AUGGCUUCCGCUAGCCUCCUCCAGACUUCUCUCGAGUCGCAUUGCCUAGUGUCACGCGCUGCGUCCUGCAAUGCGUCCGCAAAGAGCGCGGUUCGCGCAAGUCUUAGCUCUUCGAGUCUGAGAUUGCCACUUGGCGGCAGGAGAUUGGCCACUGAGGCGCAGAAGAGGACCGUUGUGAACGCAGGCCGUACGAUCGUUGUCGCUUCGUCAGAAACUGACAAGAAGUCAGAUACCAAGGUGCCUGAAGUUGCUCCGUCCCAAGAAGGGGACUCUGCCGUCCGUCAGCUGCUGGGAAUCCGUGGCGGCAACAAGGAAGACGACAUCUGGAAGAUUCGCCUCCAGCUGACGAAGCCGGUCACAUGGGUGCCGCUCAUCUGGGGUGUGCUGUGCGGUGCUGCUGCCUCUGGAAACUUCGAGUGGACCCUCAAGGAUGUGUCUAUGGCCGUCGUGUGCAUGUUCCUCUCUGGACCGCUCCUCACCGGCUACACUCAGACGAUGAACGACUGGUACGAUCGCGAGAUUGACGCCAUCAACGAGCCCAACCGGCCCAUCCCAUCGGGUGCUAUCUCCGAGAGCGAUGUCAUUGCUCAAAUCUGGAUCCUGCUGCUGGGUGCCAUGGGAGUGGCGUAUGGCCUUGACGUCUGGGCGGGUCAUGGCUUCCCCAUUCUGCUUGCUCUCUCCGCUGGAGGCUCGCUCGUUUCAUACAUCUACUCCGCGCCUCCUCUCAAGCUCAAGCAGAGCGGUUGGAUCGGCAACUACGCCCUGGGCUCCAGCUACAUUUCGCUUCCCUGGUGGGCGGGUCAAGCUCUCUUUGGCACGCUGACCUUUGACGUGGUGGUGCUCACUCUCCUCUACAGUAUCGCUGGGGUAAGCUGGGAGGCCACCUUCCCAAAUCUCCCUCUUUCCCUCCCUUCCCUCUUCCCCUUCCCCUCCCCACUCGCCCCACUGUUCCCCUGGCAGCUGGGCAUCGCUAUUGUGAACGACUUCAAGAGCAUUGAGGGCGACCGCAAGAUGGGGCUGCAGUCCCUCCCAGUGGCGUUCGGAGUGGAAACCGCCAAGUGGAUCUGCGUGGCCAGCAUUGAUGUCACUCAGCUAUCUGUUGCAGGCUAUCUCCUCGCAACCGGCAAGACCGUCUAUGGGCUUGUGCUGCUCGGCCUCAUUGCUCCCCAAAUCUUCUUCCAGUUCACCCUAUUCCUGCCUGAUCCCAUGAAGAACGACGUCAAGUACCAG